AGUGUAGUUAGAACUAGGCACACAUGCUAUACCAGACCGCCGAGGACUGCUGCGGUUGCAGCACGGGCAACAUUAACAGUCCCAGAUCAGCGGUUAAAAAAGGGGGAGGGAUGGCUUGAGAUGAAACAAAACAAAAAAAUCAAUCAAUAUCUGACUCUCGUUGCAAAUUGCUGCAGUGUUUCACAGGUGUAGUGUUUUCCAAAAAAAAAAAAAAAAGAAAGAAAGAAAGAAACGGAUUGACAAAGCGGGGCAACGGAGCCACAUGUCACAUGUGCUUCAUAGGAAGAAACGGGGCAUCUGCAAGCUGGAUCCGGAGGAGGAUGCUGCGGCAAGUGAUUCACAGAGGGCUAAAAGCUUCUUUCUACUGGCUGGGUUUAUUUGUUAGCAGGCAUCCGGUUUUUUUCCUCACCGUUCCCGCUGUCUUAACCAUCAUUUUCGGAUCUACCGUGCUGAGCAGAUUCAAGCCCGAAAGGGACCUCGAGAUACUGGUUGCACCGACCCACAGCCUCGCUAAAAUUGAACGGAGUCUGGCGAACAGUCUUUUCCCCAUCGACCAGUCAAAAAACAAGCUGUAUUCAGAUCUACACACUCCCGGCAGAUAUGGCAGGUUGAUUCUGCUGGCAAAAUCCGGGGGAAACAUACUGGAACUGGCCGACCAGGUCCUGCAGGUCCACAAGAAGGUGCUGGAUUUGCGGGUUAAUUAUAAAGGGUUCAAUUACACUUUCGCACAUCUCUGUGUCAUGAGCUACCGGGAUAAGAGAUGUCUUUUGGAUGAUAUAAUUACAAUUUUCGAAGAUAUCCGCUUAGCUGUUCUCUCUAACAGCACUUUCUCAAAGGUACCAGUGAGCUAUCCAAAUACAACGUUAAAGGACGGGCGGGUCUCCUUCAUCGGCCACCAGCUGGGAGGGGUGAUACCGGCCCCCAACAGCCGCGACCAGCAGGUGAAGUCGGCGCGGGCCGUCCAGAUCACGUACUACCUCCACAACUACGACUCGCUCGCCCAGGAUGCCAUCGCCGAGCAGUGGGAGAGCGAGUUCUGCGCGCUGGCGCGACAGCUGGCGUCCGCGUCCGCGGCUGGCGGCGGCGGCGGCGGCGGGGGCGGCGGCGGCGGUGCCGGGGACCUGUACGUCCAGUCGCUCACCUCGCUCAGCCUGUGGAGGGACUUCCACAGGACGGGCGUGCUGGCCCGCAGCGAGGUGCUGGUCAGCCUGGUGCUCGUCCUGCUGGCCGCCACCGUCUCCAGCUCCAUGAGGGACUGCCUGCGCGGGAAGCCCUUCCUGGGCCUGCUGGGCGUGCUCACCAUCUGCAUCGCCAACGUGACGGCCGCGGGGAUCUUUUUCAUCUCCGACGGAAAGUUUAACUCCACGCUGCUCGGGAUCCCCUUCUUCGCCAUGGGACACGGAACAAAAGGAGUCUUUGAGCUUCUGGCGGGGUGGAGAAGAACCAGAGAAAACCUGCCGUUCAAAGAGAGGGUGGCCGACGCCUUUGCCGACGUGAUGGUGUGCUACACCAUGACCAGCUCCCUCUACAUCAUCACCUUCGGCAUGGGCGCCAGCCCUUUCACCAACAUAGAGUCGGUGAAGAUCUUCUGCCAGAGCAUGUGCGUGGCCAUCCUGGUGAACUAUUUCUACGUCUUCUCCUUCUACGGCUCCUGCCUGGUCUUCGCUGGGCAGCUGGAGCAGAACCGGUACCACAGCGUCUUCUGCUGCAAGAUACCGUCGGUGGAGUACCUGGACCGGCAGCCCACGUGGUUCAAGACCAUGAUGAGCGACGGUCACGACCUCUCCACCCACCACGACAGCAUCCCCUACCAGAACCACUUCAUCCAGCACUUCCUGCGGGAGCACUACACCGAGUGGAUUACCAACACCUACGUCAAACCCUUCGUGGUCAUCCUCUACCUGAUCUACGCUUCGUUUUCGUUCAUGGGAUGUUUACAAAUCAGCGACGGGUCGAACAUAGUCAACCUCCUGGCCAGCAACUCCCCGAGCGCCUCCUACGCUCUGACCCAGCAGAAGUACUUCAGCAACUACAGUCCGGUCAUCGGGUUCUACAUCUACGAACCCAUCGAGUACUGGAACGCCACGGUUCAAGAGCACCUGAAGACGCUGGGCCACGGGUUCAAUAAGAUCUCGUGGAUUGACAACUUCUUUCAGUAUCUGAAGGUGGUGAACGUCAGCGCGUCGACCAAAAGCGAAUUCAUAACCAUCCUCCAAACUUCUUUCUUAAGGAGCCCAGAGUACCAGCACUUCAAGGACGACAUCAUAUUUUACAAAAUGAGGGACGAGACGGAGAUCAUCGCGUCCCGGAUGUACCUGGUGGCCCGGACCACGGAGAAGACGCGAGAGGAGGUGGUGGAGCUCCUGGAGAGACUGAGGCCGCUCUCUCUCAUCAACAGCAUCAAAUUCAUCGUCUUCAACCCCACCUUCGUCUUCAUGGAUCGGUAUAGCUCGUCGGUCAUCUCCCCCAUCCUCACCUCGGGCUUCAGCGUCCUGAUCGUCCUGAUCCUGACCUUCUUCCUGGUCAUCAACCCCCUGGGAAACUUCUGGCUGAUACUGACGGUCACCUCGGUGGAGCUGGGGGUCCUGGGCCUAAUGACGCUGUGGAAUGUCGACAUGGACAGCAUAUCUAUCCUGUGCCUUAUUUAUACCCUGAACUUUGCGAUGGAUCACUGUGUCCCACACCUUUACACUUUUGUACUCGCCACCGAGCACACCAGGACCCAGUGCAUAAAGAUCUCGCUGGAGGAGCACGGAGCGGCCAUUUUGCAGAACACGUCCUGCUUUGUGAUCGGGAUGAUGCCCUUGGUGUUUGUGCCUUCCAACUUGACCUACACGCUGUUCAAGUGCUCCCUCCUCACCGCUGGCUGCACCGUGCUGCACUGCUUCGUCAUCUUGCCCGUGUUUCUCACCUUCUUCCCCCCUUCCAAAAAGAGGCACAAGAAAAAGAAACGGGCGAAACGGAAAGAGCGGGAAAGGGAGCGGGAACGAGAGAAGGAGAGGGAGCGCGAGAGGGAGCGGGAGGAGAUAGAGUGCAUCGAAGUCAGGGACAACCCUGAUCAUGUGACCAAUGUCUGAAAGGGCUGUGUGUAAAAGUGUGUAAAAGUGUGUGGAGCGUAUCCUCAAAGAAGAAAAACAAACAGGUGGCAGCAACAGGCAGUGCCUCUCUGGUCGAGGGGUGACAGAGCUGACCAAGCCACAGAUAGCUCAUACCCAAGGACAGGUACUCGAAAUCCCAACAAAAGCCAGCCAGUCUCACCAUCAGGGUGAAGAACUUUUCCAUAGUGCACUUUUCCCACUAUACAAUAUCUUUGUUUCCUUUUGUUUUCGUUUUAGACAUUAAUUCACGUGUUGCUGUGACCAUUUUGGGCUAAGGUCAAAACAAAGUGUUGCAGUUGCAUUUGUAUAGUUAUUUUUAUGUAGCAAACAAGAUCCUAGCAAGAAGCUCAAGCCAUAACAAUGGUUUAUGUAGCAUGUGUCAUAAAUCAUAUUUUUAUAUUCAUAUUCAUAUUAUAUUCAUAUUUAUUUAUAUUCAUAUCUAUUAUGUCCUAAAAUAAUGUUUUAAAUCAACUGCAGUAAAAGGUCCACCUUCGUGAAUUAUUCCAGUAGAGACCAUGAUGAGAGCCUGGCAGUAAAAAUAAGAAAAAAAGAGGAAAAGGAUUUUCUGUUCUAAAGAAAAUGUCUAAAUGCAUUCUGCGUGAUCCCGCAUUAUGCCAACACAUAAUUAACUUAAUUUGGCAUUUGAUAGAAAGAUCCUUUGCUUACACUGCCCCCUCAACCCCGAGUUCCUGAGUGCCACUCUCUGUCAAAAUACAUUUAAUUCACUGCCCUGGUUACAUAAAGGCUCAAUAAAGCUGUGUAAACUUUAUGUAUUAUAAUUGGCCUUCCAGUGAGAAUUUCCCAACGAAUAUAAUCCAGCAUUUUUGACGUUACCCAGAAUGUCUACAGCAUCACCUGAACUUGUGGACCCGUUGAAUGUCUCUUUGUGGUCUUUUUAGAUCUAAUUUUAAAGAGAGAGCAGGGGGGACGAACACUAGUUCCCUAUACAUGCCAUGCAAAGCUGCUAGAUAGAAAGUUUCUAGGGAUCCUGAAAAGUUUUUAGGGCGUCAUAUACAUUUUAAAAUUCACAAAUCAGCUAAUGAAAAAAGGAUAGUUAUGCAUGUGUAUGCCCUACACAGACCUAAAAAUACAGACCGAAACAAACAAAGCAGAUGACAAAUUGUCUAUUUUAUCGAAUCUUGCACAUUACUGUGUGAAGGCAGAAUUUUGUGUUUGUAUAUUUUAUUUUUUUAGUUUUAAAAAGUUCUCUCUCAUGUCUGCCUAUGUCUAAGAUUAGGAAUGGAACUGCAAUUCACAUUUUAAUAACAUUAUGCAUGUGAUUAGAUAAUAGCAGGCAGGUAUACAUACAAAAAAAAAAGAAUUUUGGAGACAAACAAAGACAAAAACAGUAAUCGCCAACGUACAGUACAUUGCAGAACCUUUCUCUUUUAAGAAAUGCUUCAAGGAAGAUUCAUUUAAAAAGUCUUUUCCACAAUAAUUCAUACUUUAUAUCCAGCAGCAUGAGUGUACUGUGGAAGCACAGGUCCUGUCUAGGGACAUCUUAUCUAGCCAGAACAAGAGGUUCUGAGAAUGCGAUAACAGUGUGGUUAUUGUCAUUAACAGGGGGCAUUGUCAUUAUGUACCUGUCUAGCCCGGGUCUUACAGGAAGUGAAUGCAUAGACCGAAACUGUCACCCAUAUGAUGAACUUGGGAAGCCAAGGAAAUGAGCCUGAAAAGACAUUUUGUCUAGCAGUGUUUCAGUUUCACCAUCAAGCUGUCCAGAUAUUGGUCUUCGUAGACGUGUUUUUUUUUUAUGUCCCAAGGUCAACUCAAAAAGCUGAAGGAAAAGCCGCACAGUACGCCAGCACUAGAAACAGGAUGCGAUAUUUGUUAAUGUAUGACAAGAGCUGCUAAUGAAUCGAUACAAAAUGGCAGAUUACGUCGUUUUGGAAAAGAGUUGAUUUCCCCCGCCGCUGUGAAUUUUAGCGUUUCAUACAGAGGGGUUUUGUCUACCUUUGAGGGAUUCGAACAAAAAUUAAUUGGAGAGUGAAUUUUGAAUGUUGAUUACAAUUACAGGUUACCCCCAUAAGAAAAACCAUAAUAAUCACCCACCUCGUUAUUAUUACCAGGUGUUUGUGUAUCCGAACUUUUGGGGGGGAACGGGCGAAUUUUCUGUUUUCUGACCACCAGGGGCAUCAUUGUGUUCUUAUAAAUGCCAUAAAUCAUUUGUGUAUAACAAGGAGGCAUGAGAAUCAACCUACUAUAAUGGGGAAAAAAAUGCAAAUUGAAUUCGUAAACUUCCCAAAUUGACUGUGAAAGCAUGGCGCUAUAUUGUAUGUAUGUGUAUGCAUGUACCUAAUAAGUGUCUGUAACCCCCUGUUUAUUAUUGUUUUGUUAGGCUGUAGGAACGUACAUUUCUUGUUUCGAUGCAUAUUCUAAAGAUCAUAUUUUGUGACAUUUACCGUAUGUGUAAACCGUGGGCAUCCAAUUGCUGUCUGAAAAAGGCCAGCUUGGGAGCAGGUUUUUGUUUUAGCCCAGCACUGCAUCGCCUGAUUGAGCUAAGUAACUAGUCGUGGUCUUCUGUCAGGAACUUGAUAAGGAUAAUCAGGUGUCUUAGUGCUGGGCUAGAACGAAAACCUGCACCCACACCAGCACUUUUUGGAUGAGAUUGGACACCCCUGGUGUAAACAAACAGAAAAAAGCCAGAAAAUAGCAUUAUUAUGUAAAAUACUUGUACAUGAUUUUCUAAUUUUAUAAAAAAAAAAGAAUCAAUGAAAAGAUUUUUUUAAGCUUAAAUUCUUACUUAAAAAAGCAAUAAAGAAAAAGUUCAAAAGUCAAACGCAGUAGGCCAGUAAUAACUUGAGGGAUUUUCAUUCAUAUUCAAUUUUUUAAAAAAAAUUAUAAACAGAUAAAUUAAUUGCGCACCACCACAGUAUACCGUUUGGUACAUUUCAAAUUGUAAGUAAUUAGUAUGGAAGAUGGUGGAUGAUUUUAGUUCAGUUGUUUGUUUGCUUAUUUUAGUUGUACUGCAACAUUACCGGGAAAAACUGCCUCUUUCAACUUAACUGCACUUUCACUUGCCCUGGUGAUAAUAUUUUUAUUACCAAUGUAGGUUGCAUAGACACACAAAUAUGUAAUAAACAAUAAAGCUAACCAAAUUAUACGUGAAAUAAAUCCACUAAAUACCUUUGUAAAUUGAAGGCUAUGCUAUGGAUAUAAAUUGUCUAUAUUUGCCACUGUUUAUAAUAUCCAAAAAUCAAGAACACGUGUGAUACUGUGUUUAUUUUAAAUAUUUUAGCUCGUUAAGAACUUUUCAGGUUGUAGUCGGUGAAUUGAUGUUAGACGGCACAUUCCAGAUCGGUCAGCUUGCAGUGGCAUCUCCGUCACAUCUGUGACCUCACGCAGAAGUUUAAUUUCGCAUACGCGCCGCCGGAGUCUUCAAGAGCUUUUGCGCUGCUUGUCAUCUCGAAUCUGUUACGCCCUACCACGGGCUGCGAUGCGGAUGGCGCCAGCUUGGCACGGCUCCAAAAAGGUAGCACGGGGCCAGCUCACGUUUUUGGCGGGAACCUCAGAGUUAUAAGCACUGUCCGGUUGGCCAGACAGAUUGUGUGCGAAACCGGAAAAUAGUACGAGCACUUCGGUUCUGUCAAGCUCCUUUUCGUACAUUGUCCCGGUUAUUUUUGUUAUUAUCAGUAAUGGCGGGGGGGGG